AUGGAAGCCGUGGGUGUUGUGUGUGUUGCGGUGGCCCUCCUAGCACCGGGCAUCUUCUGGGCUUGGCACUUCUUGGAACGAAUGAAGAGUCAGGUGCAGGCUGGCCUGUUGGGAAGAGGAAGCCGGGCCCUCCUGGUGAUCGCGCACCCCGACGACGAAGCCAUGUUCUUUGCUCCCACUUUGCUAGGCUUGGCCCGCCUGAGGCACCCGGUGUUCCUGCUCUGCUUCUCUGCAGGGAAUUACUACAAUCAAGGGGAGAUUCGUAAGAAAGAACUUUUGCAGAGCUGUGAUGUUUUGGGGAUUCCACCCACCAAUGUAAUGAUUAUUGACAGCAGGGAUUUCCCAGAUGACCCGGGCGUGCAGUGGGACACAGAGCAUGUGGCCAGCGUCCUCCUCCAGCACAUAGAAGUGAAUGACAUCAACCUGGUGGUGACUUUCGAUGCCGGGGGAGUGAGUGGUCACCGCAAUCAUGUUGCUCUGUAUGCAGCUGUGAGGACCCUCCAUUCGGAAGGGAAAUUACCUGAAGAGGGCCAUGUCCUGCCACCGCAGCCAGCUCCUGUGGUUCCGCCGGCUCUACGUGCUCCUCUCCCGGUACCUGAGAAUCAACUCUCUGCACGCCCUCUGAGCCCGGGACAAGAGAGAAAGGACCAGGAAGUGGCCUGCUCGGGAGCUGGCCAUGUCCCUGAGCCGAAGGAGAGCCCGGUGGAGGGUGGCCUCCCAGGGCCCUGCUCCUCAGGGUGGCCAGCCCCUGACAAACGGAGGCCAUGCAGGCCGAAGGACUGUCUGAACUUCACUUCCUCCUCUGGGAAAAAACACACAACAACCAAAAACAAGCCCAAGGGUAACCAUAGUUACCCUGCUAGCUUCUUCCAUGCUUGUGAGGAAUAAUAUAUGUGAAAACCCAGCGUAUGGCAGACACCUAGCCAGCUGCGGCCAUGUCAGUGACCGUGCGAGUGCCGCAGGCCAGUGCACAGGUGACGUUGCCACGCAUUUACGCUGUUUCAGAGCCGGCUCACCACACACACACACACACACACACACACACACACACACACACACACACAAGAGUAGUCUAUACUGAAUUAGUUUAUCCCUAAUUCCUUGAUUUAUCUUUGUGGCCUAUGUAUCAGAUUUGAAUCUAGAGAAAACUUGCUCUUUUUAACAUCACAUUCAGACGGGGGCAGCCAGGCUCCAAUGGCUGUGGUGGGCAGUAUCACACAGAGACGAAUAUGAUGUGGGCCCUGCCCUCAGUGAACUUAUAAUUGAACAUUUCAGGUUUUAAUAUUUUGGGGAAAGCAGGAAAUAGGAAGAGAAAUCUAGCCUUUUUAAAUAAAACACACACACACACAUACACACACACACUCACUCAAUAACCUGAUGUCUUAAAAUUAUACUAUAAACAAAAGCAUUCUGAGAGGUCAGAAUCCAGCUAAUGUCCCAGGGAAGUAGCCCGAGGCAGGGAAGCUCCGUGGUGGAAAGCAUAGGCCCCGCAGACUAGUAAACCUUGGGUGGAGGCCAAAAUUACCAGCAAGGUAACCACAGAAAAGGUGCUUAACCCCUCUCUGCCUCAAUUAUCUCAUCUGCAAAACAGGUACAGCAAUGUACUAGUACCAGCCUGAGAGGAGAUGAUGCCGGAGGUGCAUAGAAAAGGGUCUGACACACGGUAAUGCUCAGGAAAGAGGAGCUGCAAGUAUUCUGAGACCUAUAGAGAAAACAGGCGUUAAGCAGAGGGACUAGCAGGAAUCUGAGGCCUGAUACAGAAAAGACCUUGGGCCCAGGCCGGGUGGCUCAGUUGGUAGAAGCGUUGUCUCAUACACCAAAAGGUUGUGGGUGCAGUUCCCAGUCAGGGCACAUAAAAAUAUGUCCUUGGGUAAAGAUUUGAAAGAAAA